AGCAUGCCAGGGACCAUGGAGAGAUAUCAGAGACAUACAAAAGAGGUUCAAAAUGACAGCACUACUAUGGAACACAGCAUGCUGCAUUUGAAACAUGAUACGGCAAACAUGGCAAAAAAGAUUGAGCUUCUUGAAAUUUCAAAGAGAAAACUCUUGGGAGAAGGUUUGGGGUCAUGCACUAUUGAAGAACUACAACAGAUAGAAAAACAAUUGGAGGGGAGUGUAAGCAGCAUUCGAGCACGAAAGAUGCAGGUCUUUAGGGAACGGAUCGAGCAACUUAAACAAAAGGAGAAAGAUUUAGAAGCUGAAAAUGCAAUGCUAUGCCAAAAGUGUGGACUACAACGUCAGCGAGGAUCAAAUGAAGAGGGAGGAAAUUUACCCUCCCCAGAAAAUAGUGACAAGUCAGAUGUGGAGACUGAACUAUUCAUUGGACCACCAGAAAGCAGAAUGAAGCGCGCUCUGCAGAAGUGACAAUCCAUGCCACACCUCACAAAUCUACCAGAUAUGUACUAUAUAUUAUGAUAAUUUCUUUGUCAAUUGUCAAAUAGUCAACCCCAUCAGAUUUUUUUACACUUGCACAAGCAAUAAUACCAGCAAAAGUAUGGUGAGUGUAUUGUUUUUUCUUUCAUUGAAACUAAAACCGAUAUGAUGAUGGAAAGACAGCUUAAAUAGCUUAUCCUACUGUAUAUUCUGUAUAUUGAAAAUGCUUCAAUCCAGUAUCUAUUUUCUUUGACUCCAAUGAUGGAGGCUUAAGGGCUAUGUAAAUGCAGUAAACAUAUCCUUUACCCUUGAACUUUAAUAGCAUGUCAUGGAUUUGAGGGAUAGAAACUUAUUGCAGUAUUUACUUUGUUAUCAUGAUGCUUUCUGGAAUUAGGCAGCA